UUAUUUUUUUAUUUCCUAAGUAGUCAACUCCACCAGAUGGAACUAGGCAAUGAUACACACAUUUCAAAGUUUCUUCUUCUGGGAUUUUCAGAGGAACCAGCAUUACGGCCCCUCAUAUUUGGGCUUUUCCUCUCCAUGUACCUGAUCACUGUGUUUGGGAACCUGCUCAUCAUCCUGGCCGUCAGCUCUGACUCCCACCUCCACACCCCCAUGUACUUCUUCCUGGCCAACCUGUCCUUUGUAGACAUCUGCUUCACCUCCACCACCGUCCCGAAGAUGCUUCUGAACAUCCUGACUCAGAGCAAGGUCAUUAACUAUGCAGGCUGCAUUAGCCAGAUGUAUUUUUUCUUACUCUGUGUAGAGCUGGAUGACUUUCUCCUAUCUGCAAUGGCCUAUGACCGGUUUGUGGCCAUCUGUCACCCCCUGCACUACACCGUCAUCAUGAACCCCCAGCUCUGUGGAUUGCUUGUUCUGGUGUCCUGGAUCAUCAGUGUUACAAAUUCCUUGUUACAAACCUUAAUGGUGUUGCAGCUGUCCUUCUGUACAGACAUGGAAAUCCCCCACUUUUUCUGUGAACUCAAUCAGAUGCUCCAACUUGCCUGUUCUGACACCUUUCUUAAUGACAUGAUGAUGUAUUUUGCAACUGUGCUGCUGGGUGGUGCUCCCCUGGCUGGGGUCCUUUACUCUUAUUCUAAGAUAGUCUCCUCCAUAUGUGGGAUCUCAUCAGCUCAAGGCAAGUACAGAGCAUUUUCCACCUGUGCAUCUCACCUGUCAGUUGUCUCCUUAUUUUACUGUACAGGCCUAGGUGUGUACCUCAGCUCUGCUGCUACCCAGAGCUCACGGUCAAGUGCCACAGCCUCGGUGAUGUACACGGUGGUCUCGCCCAUGCUGAACCCCUUCAUCUACAGCCUGAGGAACAGAGACAUAAAGAGGGCUCUGAAAAGAAUCGUUGGGGUUCCAGUGACAUAA